AUGGUUCUUUCUAUUCUAGACAACUCGCUCCGUGUAGCCAACUUUGUGUUUUUGACCAUCGUGCUAGGUCUCACAGCGUCUUUGGCCGCCACCCGCGACCACACCAACCCCCAGGUCAAUUUCGCCAUUUUCACGGCCGCUUUCGGUCUGUUGUUCGAUACCUUCUACGCUAUCCCAGCCAACUUUUUGUCUGCGCUAGCAUGGCCCAUCUUGAUCGCCGUGUUUGACUUUUUGAACUUUGUCUUCACGUUCGCCGCCGCCACCGCCCUUGCCGUGGCCAUCAGAUCCCACUCCUGUACCAACCAGGACUACCUCGACAGCAACACCGUCACUCAGGGCUCCACCGACCGUUGUCGUAAGGCCCAGGCCUCCGUUGCGUUCUUGUACUUUGCCUUCUUCGUUUUCCUCGCGAAGCUUGGCUUGUCGUUGACCAACGUUUUCACCACCGGUGUGUUUGGCUCUUCAUCUUCCCGCAGAGCCAACGUUGGUGUUCCAACCAUCUCUCAGGUUUAA